AUGCUGUUUCAACGAAUUUGGCAAAUUGGGCUCGACUGGGACGAAGACUUACCGGACGCGAUGGCUGAAGAAUGGGCGUGGUGGAGUGGUGAGCUUCCACAGAUAAAAAGCAUGGCAAUACCACGCUACCUUUGCCAAGGCAUCGGAUACUCGUCCAGUCAGGUCCAGGUGCAUGUGUUCACGGAUGCAAGCCCGGCUGCGUACGGCGCGGUAGCGUACAUGCGGAUACAGGAUGACUGCGGGGAAGUUGCGGUAGUCUUCCUUAUGGCGAAGGCACGAGUGUCACCUCUGACAACGUUGACGCUGCCACGUCUGGAACUGAUGGGAGCUUUAAUCGGAUGCAGACUUGCGAAGACCAUUCGUACAUCUCUCACGCAUCACAUCAUCAAGUUCUACUUCUGGACAGAUUCAAGCAUCGUCCUGUGCUGGAUUAGAGGAUCAGCACUGCGGUGGAAACAGUUCGUCAGAAACAGAGUUACCGAAAUACAGGCUGAGACGGAUCCAGCAGCAUGGAGGCAUUGCCCCGGGCAGCAAAACCCAGCGGAUCUUCUAACCAGGGGAGAGACGAUGAAGAAGUUGCUAGACGACUACAGAUGGCUGAAAGGUCCCGAAUGGUUGGCUAAAUCGUCUGAAAGAUGGCCGAGCACAUUUCCGACAGAGUCGGCAGACGACGAGACAGUGGAAGCGGAACGAGUGAGGACCCAGGUCCUGCUGGUAGACACCGAUGACAUGCCGUCUUCAGUUACCAACAUCGAGAACUACAGUCGACAGCAUCGGCUUUUGCGAGUCACGGCUUGGAUUUACCGCUUCGUCAAGAACUGCCGACUCGCAGGGAAUAACGUCACCGGACCACUAAGCGCUGAAGAGAUCUGUAACGCUGAAGUCUACUGGAUCAAGGAGGCGCAGAGAAGCGAGUAUCAAACGGAGAUACAGCAAUUGCGUCGGGAUGGAUAUGUCAACGAGAGCUCGCAGAUUGCGAAAUUUCAACCAGCGUUGGACGGAAAUGGCAUCUUGAUGGUUUCUGGCCGUCUACAGCACUCUACACUACCACUUCACGUAAAGCACCCGAUCCUGCUACCGCAUGGACACCGGUUCACCGAGCUGGCAGUGGAUGCUGCGCAUCGUCGGCUACUCCACGCGGGUGUCCAAGAGACAAUGGCGGAGAUGCGAGAGCACUACUGGAUCCCUAGGUGCCGACAGCUGGUGAAGAAAAUUCUGCACCAGUGUACAGCGUGUGCACGGCACAGAGCUAAACCAGCAACCGCACCCGUAGCACCACUUCCGGGAGACCGAGUAUCGCAAAGUGGACCAUUCGACGUGAUCGGGGUGGACUUUGCCGGACCCUUGUACGUGAAGUCUGAGGAUGGAGAAGAUCAAAAGGCGUACAUCGCCCUAUUCACCUGUGCGGUUACUCGAGCCGUCCACCUCGAGUUGGUCUCCAGAAUGACGACACCGAGUUUUCUAUUAGCCUUUCGACGUUUCACGGCACGACGCGGCGUUCCUUCCGUAAUCUAUUCGGACAACGCUACAACCUUCAAGAAAGCAGAGAAGGAAAUUUGGAAGGCGUUGAAAGGCCAGGGUUUCCAGGACCACCUCGCCGAUCACAAGAUUCACUGGAAGUACAUAAUUGAACGGGCGUCGUGGUGGGGCGGCUUCUGGGAACGCCUGGUCAGAAGUGUGAAGACAGCCUUAAGGAAGACCCUCGGGAAAAACAGGCUCACCUUCGAGGAGCUGACGACCGUUCUGCACGGUGUCGAGGCGGUCAUUAACUCUCGACCCCUUACGUUUGUGAACGACAGCCCUGCUGACGAAGGACCGCUUACCCCGGCCCACUUCUUGGUGGGAAAAAGGACAACUUCGCUUCCACCACUGGACGUCGUACCUCCGAGACCAUCCACUGACACACGUAACCGGUGGUUGCUUCACCAGCAGAUGAUUGACAGCUUCUGGAGGCGGUGGCGGAACGAAUACCUCCUUCAACUGAGGUCUGCGCACCAGGUCCCAGCGGUUCACGGACGUAACUUGCUGCGAGUGGACGACUUGGCCAUCGUCCACAGUGAGCGGCUGCCACGACACAUGUGGAAGACUGGACGAAUAGUUGGACUAUUCUUCGGUAGAGACAAUAAUGUCCGCGCCUGUACAGUGAAAAUGGGUGAUGGAACAGUACUACGAAGACCGGUCCAGUUGUUAUAUCCGCUAGAGAUUCGUUAG